AUGGAGCUGAUUUCUUAUGUUGGAUUGAUUAAAACUGUAACGAGAUUUGCUAAAUGUUAUGAGGGUCUCGUGAAGGAGUUCACUGUUAACAUUCUUGUGAAUUAUGCUGACCCUAGAAGUAAAGAGUUUAGGAAAGUGUAUGUUAGAGGUAGAUGUGUUGAAUUCUCACCUGCUGUCAUCAACAAAUAUCUGGACAAAAGUGAAGAUGAACAAGGUGAACUGGAAGUAACAGAUAACCAGGUUUGCAAAGUUAUAACUGCAAAUCAGGUGAAUACCUGGCAUGUGAACGACAAGCUCCCAUCUAGCAAAUUGAGUGUCAAAUAUGCCAUCCUCCAUAGAAUUAGAGCUGCAAAUUGGGUUAUUACCAACAACUCUUCAGUUAUCUCUGUGAGUUUUGGAAAAUUUAUUUAUACAGUUGGAAGCAAGAAGGCCUUUGAUUAUGGUGCCUACAUUUUUGAUCAAAUUGUGAAGCAUAGUGGCACAUGCGCAGUAAAGAUACCUAUUGCCUUUCCUACUCUCAUCUGUGGUAUUAUCCUAAGCCAAUAUCCUGUGAUUCUUCUUGGUACUGAUGUAAUAUCCAAAAUGGAGUCUGUUUUGUCCCUUCACUUUAAACUGUUUACAGGUAAGCAUGUCCUUGACAUUGCAAUGACAUCUGCAUCUGCUAAUAACAAGACCUCAACCAAGGCUAAAAUGAUUUCUGAACUAGUGGAGGCUUGUAAAGAACUUGAUGAAGUUAUCAGGGUUAGCACAACAAGGAAGCUUAAGUUUGAAAAGAUGAUCAAGGAUCUUAAGAAGGGUGACUGUGUUGGUGAGGAACUGGGCUCUGAAGGAGGAAAGUCUGAUGAUGAGGAAGGCAGUUCUGAAGCUGUUGGGUCUACUGGUCCUAAAGACAGUUAG